GCUCAGAGCCGCGGUCACGCGCCCUCCCGCAGGCUUCGGUGUGCACUGGGCGCUGCUGCGCGUCGGUUCCGGCGUGUUCCGGCGGCGCCAUGGAGCGCAUCGAGGGGGUGUCCGUGGGCCGCUGCACCGCCUCGCCCUACCUGCGGCCGCUCACGCUGCACUACUGCCAGAAUGGUACCCAGAAGUCAUGGGACUUCAUGAAGACACAUGACAGUGUGACCGUUCUCUUAUUCAACUCUUCUCGGAGGAGCCUGGUGUUGGUGAAGCAGUUCCGGCCAGCUGUGUAUGCGGGCGAGGUGGAGCGCCACUUCCCAGAGUCCCUAGCAGCUGUAGACCAGGACAGGCCCCGGGAGCUGCAGCCAGCCCUGCCCGGCUCAGCAGGGGUGAUGGUUGAGCUGUGUGCCGGCCUUGUGGACCAGCCUGGGCUCUCGCUGGAGGAAGUGGCUUGCAAGGAGGCUUGGGAGGAGUGUGGCUACAACUUAGCCCCCUCUGAUCUGCGGCGGGUCGCCACGUACUGGUCUGGAGUAGGACUGACUGGCUCCAGACAGACCAUGUUCUAUACAGAGGUGACAGACGCCCAGCGACGCGGUCCAGGCGGGGGCCUGGUGGAGGAGGGUGAGCUCAUUGAGGUGGUGCACCUGCCCCUGGAAGGCGCCCAGGCCUUUGCGGACGACCCGGACAUCCCCAAGACCCUCAGCGUCAUCUUUGGUGUCUCGUGGUUCCUCAGCCAGGUGGCCCCCCACUUGGAUCUCCAGUGAGAUUCUGGGGGUCUAGUCAGAGGCCAGCCUUGGCCACUCACCCCCACCCUGCAGACCCAAUAAAGGCUUGCACCAUU